UAAUGAUGUUGCUAAUGAAAGAUGAUUCAAAAAUAAAUAUCAUUGACCGCAGCGAUCCGGAGGAAGCCUGCCUGGUUUCCUGUAGAGGAUGGUGGGUCUCCCGACGUUCCGAAGUCCCUGCGCGCCUGGGAUUCAGACCACGUGCAGAUAAGAGAUAGGCACGUGGACCCACGUAGAGUUUCGGUUGUUGUCUCCGUCAGCUUCAAGUUCCCCCAAAGCAUUCUUGCAUCAAUCAGCCGGCUGCCGGGAACUGUGGUUGUACUUGUCAGGUGCUUCUUGGGAUGCGGAUACGGUACAUGUAUUUCCGAUAUGCCACCCCGGAGAUCACAUACAAAAUCCCGCAACGGUUGCGGCCAGUGCAAAAAGCGACGCGUCAAGUGUGAUGAACAGGGACCGCCAUGCUCCAAUUGCGCGUCCAGAGAGCUAGAAUGCUCCUACGCGAACCCUCCGGUAUCUCGCAACCUAUCUAUCAGUACAUCCAUAAGCCCGCCCCCAGGAUAUGGCUAUAAUCCCACUCUAUUUGUAGCCGAUACAUAUCGGCAAGCUCCAAGCGCCUCGCCCGGAGAUUGCUCAAACGCCGCGGAGUUGCGCAAGUUAGAGUUGAUGCACAAGUUUUCCACCGAAACCUUUCAGAGCUUCUGUAACUCUUCAGCCGACUUUUACACCUGGCAGAUUGCGGUUCCACAAAAGGCCCUCCAUCAUGAAUUUUUGAUGAAAGGCAUCUUAGCGACUGCCUCUUUGCAUAUAGCAUCCUCAAUGGAUCCCUCGGCAGCACUAACGUAUAUCAAUACGGCUCUCGAAUACCACAACCAGACGCUCACGCCCUUCCGCCACGCCAUAGACAAAAUAACUCCGGAUAAUUGCGAUGCAGUUUUUGCUCACUCGAUCGUGACUACGAUCAUUAGCAUAGCCCUUCCGCAGCUGACUACUGAGAAAGAUGAGAGCAACGGUGCGUGCGAGAAGAUAGUUCUUGCUACUGAACUACUUCAGGGCGUAAGCAAGAUCCUCAAAAUUUGUCGUGGAUGGUUGAAGAUGAAGCCCUUUACAGGAGGAGGCGACUUCUGGGAUCGGUCUGAUAUGGGCCUAGAUCUUGAAACUAACGCAGCAUUGAGGAAUCUGUCCUAUUUGACCGAUCACAUAGCUAAUGCAGACCAGCGUGAGAUGUUCCGAGAAGCGAUAAGACUCCUCACCCAGUGUUUCACAAGGUAUGCCAACUCCAGGGAUAUUGCGUCCAUACUUGCCUGGCUUGCUACGGCGGAUAAAGAAUUUAUCUCCGCAUUGAGGUGUCGCGAUCCACUUGCUUUGCUCAUUCUUAUGUACUGGGGCGUACUCCUUCAUGAACUUCAUGGUAGACUAUGGUGGGCCCACAAUUCAGGCUCAUCCCUCGUACUGGAGUUAUUGGCUCAACUAAAACCUUGCCGACCAGAUUGGGAAGACAUAAUAUUGUGGCCGAAGCAACGAAUUGGCCUUCAGGGCCCUUUGGCCCAUUCCAAUGGCAGUGGCAUGAAAACGCCACAUUGAGUAAGCCAGCACCACAGCAGACCAGGAUACACACUGUGCUUGAGAGCGAGGUGUUCUGCACUGCCGUAUUGGAAUACAUGCUGCUCGCCGCUCAGGUAUGG